AUGUCUAAGAAUCUCAAAGUCAAAGUAUACUAUUCAGUAAGAGGAUCCUCAACCACACGCCUGGCUACAUUUCAAAUCGCCACAGAUAUCACAAACGAAUCAGUUGUUCCGGUUUCACUCAAACAAUGCGUCUGGGCAAUAUGCUCAUCAAGCCCCGACAUGAUUUGUAGAAAUCACGAUUUGUCCAUCUACACUGUCAAUUAUGAAGAAUCUGGCCCAAUAGACCAGCCAAGCUCUUUUGUCUGGGAGGGCCAUGGCUUGAUGUCCUGGGUUAUGGCACCAGAAUCUGCUCAAGAAUUCGUUCAUGGAAAAGUCAUUGAAGCAGACCGCACAUCAUUAGUAACACACAUCGAAUUACAACCAACCCUCAAGUGGUCCAAACAAGACUUUUACAGUGCUCUCAAAUCCCAAAACUUUGAUACCUUUUCAAAUCUAGCCCACUCGCCAUCUCAACCAUGUUCAUGUGGUUUUGAACAGCAACAACAACAGCAACAACAGCAACAACAACAACAACAACAAUUAUCUCCACCAUGGAAGUCCCUCAAACACCCAAGCCCUCCUAGCCUAUCUCCUGUUCACACUUACACCCAACCUCACCCUCACUUUCACAGUAUCGCACAGCCUCCCACACAACCACAAUCUCACGCUCAACCCCAUGCUCACGCUCACAGCCCUAAUCUUAACCUCAAUCCCAGUAACAAACGCAACAGCUACACUUCAGACACCAGUAUCUAUGGGCAUCAAUUACGGCCUAUUCAACACCAGCAUCAACAUCAACACCAAUUUGAACGAACCAGCGACACCGAAUUCGAUCGGUACCUGAAGCAAAAGCAACAAUCUCCUAUUACAUCUCUCUCGCCAUCGCCACCUCUCCCAUCCAUAUCAAACCUUACACCCUCAAGACAGGGCCAGUCUACACCAUCUACAUCCACAGCCACAGCCACAGCUACACCAGCAGCCACAGCCACAGCCACAGCCACGUCAGCACCAGCGCCAGCACCAGCACCAGUAUCAACACAGCUCUGUCGACCAGAGCCUAUAUUUCCCCACUCAAACCCUUCUCGUGCUCCGACCCUACACAACUACAACCGAGCCAGAAUAUCCCCGCCCCCGUCCCUCGGCUCUGUGCCUCAGAACUUCAAACCUUAUCUCAGCACACCUGGCAAUACUCCGCGAGAUGGUGACAACGAACUACCACACCUACUACUGGCCCGUAGACCUGAAGACGGGCAUCAAUCAGAACUUUACAAUCAAAUCAGACGUCCUCAUUAUCAUGAACAUAGAACACCAAUACAUUUACCGCUCCCAAUCACAUCAGCCGACCCUAAUAGUGUUACUACUACUGAUAUUGCUGUUACUACUACUACUACUAUUCCCUCUGCUACUGCUAUUACUGCCACCACAGAUAUUCCUGGUCAUAAUCCUAAUAAUACUACAUCUACUACUGCCUCUACUAAUACAAGCACCACUACCUCCACCAAUAACAACAACAAUAAUGAUAAUAAUAAUGAUAAUGAUAAUAAUACUAGUAAUAAUGACCAAGCUUAUCUGCACUCACCCCCACGUCGUCUUUCUGAGCAGUAUGAACGUCGAAGCUUGGGAGGUAAAGCACCAGGCUACUUGAGGACUCAGCAAGAAGGCUCUGAAACCAAUACUAUUCACCAGUUUGGUGCACCUCGGCCUUUAGGAAUCAGUUUGCAUGACAAAAAUGCCAAUACCAACAAUAGCAUCAUUCCUGUUAUCUACGCGCCUAGCAACAAGAAGAGAAAAAAGAACCCGCUCAUUAUGCCAGUUGAGAGCAAAAAUAGUCCAGAGUCCAGUCAACAACAACAACAACAGCAGCAGCAGCAACAACAACAACAGAUUAGUACUACAAUUCGUACUUAUUACGAGGUCGACCGUGAUGAUCGAGGAGACUACAUCUUGCCUGUCGAAAUUGAUUCAUGGACGGUGGUUGACCUUGGUAACGUUGUGUGGGACCGACCGGCAUAUCACAACCAACGUUACAUCUACCCUGUUAAUUACACUGUACGCAAGUGGUAUCGUAGUAUGGUUGACCCAAAGAGCGAUACACAGUAUACAUGUUGUAUUCUAGACAAUGGAAGAGAACCAAAGUUUGAAGUUACUGCUGAUGACUGCCCAAUGACUUAUUCAGGGCCUACACCGACUACUGUGUGGACUAUUAUUGUUAGACGCGCUUUCGCGAUUCGUAAUCAAGAGUACGGACACAAUCCGGUUGGCCCAGACUUUUUUGGUCUGAGGAAGAAUACAAUUGCAAAAAUGAUUCAAGAUUUACCAAACGCAUCAAAGUGCUCACAGUACGUCUGGCAAACCUUUGAACCUGCUAGAUUCAAUAAACCUGGUCGUAACCGAAGAAGGACCGACUCGACGCUUUCGAGUGGUCUUUAUGGUGGAGUGAACUACAGUCUGACUAGCAAUCGCGUCUUGCCUCCUCCAUCUUCUUCAGCCGUUUCGUCAUCGUCAUCGUCAUCACCUAUGGGACCAAACAAUCACAGCUACAGUUACAGUCAUAGCCAUAUUCACAGCCACAACCACAACCACAACCACAAUUACAAUCAAAAUGAUAAUGAUAACAAUAACACCAAUGACAUCACCACCAACAACAACAACGACAACAACAGUAGUAGUAAUCUGCCAACAUCAGAGUCACCUAUAACAUCACGCCGGACGUCACAGACACCUGUUGCAGAAGAACCUAAUGUUGAACCGGGCCAUAUUUCCAAACGCCAAAUGACAUCCUCACCUCCCUCCUCACCUCACAGACCAACCUCGAUGUCGCAUCCUGUGCCUCAAAUCGAAAGUGCAUAA